AUGCGUAAUCGAUCUUCAGUUCAUCGUCAAGAAGUCGACGAUGAGAAGCCAUUUGAAGCAUGGAUAUUCGUUUUGAUCAACUCAACAACGUUUCUAUUAGUAUUGUUCACAAUACUGAUUGUGCUAUCAUUAAGCGGUAACUUGUUGGUGUGUGCUUCAGUGUACUUGGAUCGAAAAUUGCGUAAACAAGCCGAGAAUUUAUUUCUUGUUUCAUUGGCACUUUCGGAUUUGUUUGUGUCAGUAUUGGUGAUGAUAUUCGCGGCUGCAAAUGAUCUGUUGGGAUAUUGGCCAUUCGGACGUAUUUACUGCCAAUUGUGGAUUUGUUCUGAUAUAGCGUGUUGUACAGCAUCGAUACUGAAUUUAUGUGCGAUUGCGUUCUAUCGAUAUCUGAAUAUAAGUCGACCAAUGUUUUACGUUAGUUCUUCACCAUCUCAUUAUCUGCCGAAGUGUCAGUUGUUACUAAAGCCAAUCUAUGCGAUCGGUAGUUCAAUGUGUAGUUUCUUUGUACCGGCCACAAUCAUGCUGUCACUUUAUACAAAGCUGUAUUUGUAUGCACGACGACAUGUUCGUUCGAUCCGAUCUCAGUUGAAGCAGGCUACGGGUUUACUGAUCAUGCAAAUAGCUAGUGAUAGAGUCAGAGAGCCCAGUUUUAGGUUAACUCUUGGCUUCAUUAUGGGAACAUUCCUUGUUUGUUGGCUACCGUUCUUUAUCGUUAAUGUGCUACGCUCAUUGAUUCCAGAAAUCGUCACUAAUGCUCAGUUCCAGGUGGUCGUCACUUUCAUCUCUUUUGAAUAUAUUUUCUUUUUGAAAAAAAAAAGACCUAAAGUGAUAUUUUUGUUGAUACAAAAAAAUAUCACUAGGCUGCAACUAGGCCAUGAUCAGCAAACGCAUUAG